AGUCCACGUCGAAGUCGAAGUCGAAGUCGAAGAUGCAGCUGUGGCCACUUAUCCUGGCACUGACGCUCCUGCCGUUGCUCAGCAGAUGCGAUGUGAGUCAUCUGCCCAAGGACUACAUUCCGCCCAAGCCAGAGGAGCUGCCUCAACCUCAAUCACAAACAUCUCUGGAUCAUCAGGACUUGCCAAUCGAACCGAAUGGCUUCUAUCCAAGCGUGGGCCUGCCUCUGCCGCCGGGCUAUGCGGUGCCCACGGGCAACAAUGUACCGCCACCGCCCGCCCAGCCACCCAACUUCCCGCUGCCCAUCUAUCCGCCGUACUUUGGCUUUGGCGGAGAUCCCAACGGAAGUCCCUUUGGCAGCGGUCCACCGAAUGCGGCCAUACAACAGCCGCCACCAGGGACAGCCUUCCCACAGGGCGGACAGGGUGGUCCGUUCCCCAAUAACGGACAGGGUGGCGGCUCAUUCCCUUUCACCGGUCAGGGUUCCAGUCCGUUCCAACCACAGGGUGCACAAUUUCUAGGACAGGGUGGCCAAUUCCCUCCUCAAGGUGCACCAUUUCCAGGACAGGGAGGCUCAGCCUUUCCCGGACAAGGAGGCCCUCCAUUCCCCGGACAAGGAGGCCCUCCAUUCCCCGGACCAGGAGGCCCUCCCUUUCCCGGACAAGGUUUUCCAUUCCCCGGACAUGGACAAGGCUUACCCUUCCCCGGACAGGGACUAGGCUCGCCCUUUCCCGGACAGCAAGGUCCUUUCCCCGGACAGGGACAAGGCUCACCCUUUCCCGGGCAGGGCGGUGGGCCCUUCCCACCCGAUUACCUGACGAACCAAGGCCUGCCUAUACCUGGCUCCCAGUCGCCUUUUCAGCAAAGUUUUAAUGCGGGUUUCAAUGUGCCCAACGGCUUUGGUGGACCACAGAUACAGCCACAGGGCGGUAAUCCGUUUCAGCAGUUUGGAGCCUACGCUGACGAGCCGGAGGAGCAGCAGCAGCAGCAAGCAGAGCCGGAGAAGGUCAAAGAGAAGGAGGAGCAGCAGCUGCCAAGCACAGAGCCGCCCCAAAGCGUGGACACCAUCUAUGGCACAAACGGCGGCUAUGUCUAUCAGCGGGCCAUAUGA